GCAGGCAGCAUCGGGGCAUGAGGUGGUGCGGGCACUGGCGGCCAACAGCGUCUCCUUCCACACCAAAACCGACUUCGCCCAGGAGAAGUAUCUGAGGAAGAAGCAGAAGAAGCACGCUCCGCGGCUGGUCGCCCGCUUUCCCACAGCUGACAGCGUGUGCGAGGCCUACUUUGCCAAGGCGCCUGCCAGGAUUGGUUUCCUGCGUCCCGACAGCCUGGCGAUGCUGCUAGCAAUGGCCAAUGUGGGAGCGCACUCGCACCUGCUGGUGCUAGACGGCACAGGAGGGCUCAUCACAGCUGCUGCCGCACAGAGGAUGGGAGGCCAUGGUGCCAUCUGCAGUGCCUUCUACGGCUCGCAUGUGUCCCACGCGCCCUCCAUCGAUAUAAUCCGCCAUCUCAACCUCUCGCUGCCUGCAGCCGCCAUUGCCUUGUACGCCUCGCAUGUGUCCCACGCGCCCUCCAUCGACAUCAUCCGCCAUCUCAACCUCUCCCUGCCUGCAGCCGCCAUGUAUGUCAGUGCAACCCCCCUCGCUGCUGCUGCUGCCAUGUAUGUCAGUGCAACCCCCCUCGCUGCUGCUGCUGCCAUGUAUGUCAGUGCAACCCCCCUCGCUGCUGCUGCUGCCAUGUAUGUCAGUGCAACCCCCCUCGCUGCUGCUGCUGCCAUGUAUGUCAGUGCAACCCCCCUCGCUGCUGCUGCUGCCAUGUAUGUCAUGCAACCCCCCCUCGCUGCUGCUGCUGCCAUGUAUGUCAGUGCAACCUCCCUCGCUGCUGCUGCUGCCAUGUCAGUUCAACCUCUCCCUGCCCAUCGCUGCCAUGUCAGUUGCCUGUAG